GCUCCACUGGGCGGCGUCCUGCGCCCAGCUGACGAAAGAGAAGAAUAAGUGAAAGAAAACUUUUGUUUUUCAAGAGCGUAUUAAUUGUUAAAGGAAUAGAUUUUCGUGAUCGUUAGCUGUUAAGCUUUUGGGUCUUUACGCCUACAAACAUGUCCGCUUCAUGCAUUUUUCAAAAAUCAUUUAUUUUCUUUUAAAUCCCUUCGAUAGUAAGCCACGAAGUCACUAACAGGACGUUGUUGCUAUGAUGUUUUCCCGCUGCACCGAUAGUUGAGUAUUGAUUUUCACGCUUUUGGACCAGCGCGCUUCCCCCUUUUGAAUGGCAAAAAGUCUAGCCUUGGAUGACUACUCUUGAUGUUUGAAAAUCAUGGAAUCAGUGAAUACAGAUGUCAUCAUGGGUUUGUUUGCAACCAAAUCAGCAGUUGUAGACAGUGAUACCAUAGUGGGAAAGUGUUGCAAUGAAGAAGAGCAAGGGAAACAAACCAGACUUCAUGAUGAAGAAAAAGCAGAUACUGUCCCCUCACCCCUUGUCCUAGUGUCACCUCUUACUGCAUUACAAGACUUGACACGUGAAUAUCAAGAAAUAGACCCCAUAUCUUCUAAGUCGACCAGUCUCUCUGAAGUGGAAGAAGGACAAAUUCUUGAAUCAUCCUCUGAUGCUUUUGAUCUGACUACAAACAUCAAUAAGCGACCAAGUUCUGUGCUGUCCGACACAUCUGGUGGAGCUGGGUUGGCUAAAAAACCCAAGAAGAAGAUCUCGUUUUCAUCUGUGACAGCUUAUUACUUCCCCAGAGCGCAAGGUUUCACCUGCAUUCCUUCACAAGGGGGUUCAACACUGGGUAUGGCUCUAAAGCACAGCCAUGAGGAAAGCUUUACUCUAGCUGAACAUGCAAAUUACCAAAGACGGAAUCAUCGUAGAUUGUUGCUCCAGCUACGUAAAAGAAGAAAGAGUCGUAGUGCGACGAAAGCCAGCGAAGAGGACGCAGUGGCAGCAGCGGCAGCUACAGCUCUAGAGGCCACCAACAGUACCUUGGAAGUCUUUGCCAACAACAGUAAUCCAGACACCAAAAAUAAGAAUGAAGUGAAAGAAUCCGAUAGCGAUGAUAGUGAUGCAGAUGGACAACAAAUAAGCGAUGUGUCUGAUUCUGAACUAGAAGUUGACAACUAUUAUUUUUUACAGCCUGUUCCGACGAGGCAGAGACGAGUAUUGUUACGGGAAUCGGGGAUUGGGAAGAUAGAAACAUCAGAGAAAGAUGAUUGCCGUCAAAUCCGCGUAUCUCGGGAGUCCUGUGGAUGUUCGUGCCAAGGCUAUUGCGAUCCUGAAUCGUGUUCCUGUGCCCAAUCAGGUAUUCAGUGCCAGGUCGAUAGGCUUAACUUCCCAUGUGGAUGUUCGCGAGAAGCAUGCGGUAACCCAUCAGGACGUGUCGAGUUUAAUCCGGUACGUGUUCGGACCCAUUUCAUCCAUACACUGAUGCGAAUGGAGCUAGAAAAUACUCAAGAGCCCAGUAAAAGCCUACAACCUCCUCAUCAUAAUCAGCCACACCCGUUACUACAAAACAUCGAUGAGCUUCCUGCCAGCGAAAUAGACAUUGGUGUGGCAAGCACGGUUAGUGCGUUAGUACCGCCGGAGUCACAUUAUAAUUGGGACAGUGUGAUGCAGUUGCCAUCGUCUCGAGACCAGCAUCAACAGGCGCUACAGCAACCGCAACAACAUGCUAGCUACCCUGUUCCCGAGCCCUUGCCCGAAAACGGAUGGUUUUGUCAUUAUUCCAAUGACGUAAGCAAUACUUAUCCGCUUUAUUCUGGACCUAGUGCAGCUAGCAGUGCGGAAGUCUUCACCUACGAUCAAGCUCCGUAUGAUUCAUUGGGAUACCAUUCUACUGAGGUAGCGGGCGAGAAUUCUCAACAACAUUACACCGAAUUGGUAGACAGCAGUAGUAGUUCAGGCUAUGCCGGAAGCGCUGUCAAUAAUAGCACAGCAGAAUUUUACACCGAAUACGGUCAAAGUUACCAAUCGUUUGAUCCACAGGUGUUUAAUUAUCAUCAUGCGCCUAAUGAUACGUACAACGCUACGGAUGAGAUUUAUAGUUACGCGGAGGAAGGCUCUAGUUUUGGUGUUAACGGUGUUAAUGCCAACGCCGUUUGUGGCAGUGGUUCUAACGGUGGCUCAGUACUCGAUGCUGUCAACGAUGCACCAAAGACCGAAUCGUCCAACAGUAGCUCAGAAGAGGACGUUCUCGAUAUGAGCAGUUCUCUGGCCACCAUUGUUAAAGAGACCAUGGUGUCUGUUUGACGGUAUGCCAUGUUCUCGGCGUAACGUAUUAAUUUAGUUACCUUUUUUUCCCACCUUGUAAACGCUUUCAUUAAUGCCCAGUACGUGCUCUGGCAUGUUUUGGGGUAAGAUUAUUAUUUCUUUCUUUCGUUUUUUUCAUUUGCCAAAAUAGCGAUUAACGCGUACUAUGCCAUUUUGAACUUUCUUUGUAGCUCGCUUUGUUAAGUAAGCCUCAACGGACGAAGGGCUCGUCAUUUAGAUAGUUAUUUUGUACCUUUUCCCCAUCGUCCUCGACCUUCUGAUUCGAAUGCGAUUCGGCCAAAGCGCAACACAGUUUUUUUUUUUUUGGUUGUUCGUUCUCGUUUUUGUUAUCCGACUUGUUGAUUGUUAUUGUUUUGCUUUCCGGGGCCGAAUUCAAAAAGGAAACAAGAAAGAAAUAAUAAUAAUUCAAUAACAUAAGCCGCAUGGAGAAAAACAAAAUUCAGAAACUCAAACAAAUUUUUAAGACACAACGCGGUAGGCCGACGAUACCAUUUGGUUUGUUACCGAACAGGGUUGUGAAGUCUUUAAUAGUCCAGUUGCAGUUUUAGGUUUUCAGAUCACUCACCCGGGUGAGUCAUCUUUGUCUCCGAAUGUGCUAGCAAGUUAUUUGAAAGCCCACAGUAUUAUUUACCUUUCUUAAUGACUGCCUGACCGAGAACAAUUUAAAAUAAAGCCGAUCCCAAUUUUACCUUUCCGAGUGAGUUUUAUAUUGCUUGUCGUGUACUGUACCCCUUCUCACCUUACCUCCGAAUUGGUAUCAAGAACUGAUGACAAAAUGACAAAAUUCAACGAUGCAAUGAAUUUAUAUUUAAAAUGAAACUGUAACUUGUUGGCAGAAUCCAAACUAGUAAAUCGUAUCCGAGUUCCCAAUGAACUCGAUUUCGAUGUGUUCUGUACCUAAAACGCGUGCACUUGUUUCUUUUCUUAUUCUUGUACGAAGAAGAAAUGGGCAACCCGCAACAAUACCAUCAAUACAAUCUGUUUUUCUUGUCAA